UACACUGAAUGUCAUUGUGAUACAGACCUAAAAUAGUUUCAAGCCUUUUCAAAGGUGUGGCUGCUCUGUCAAAAUGUAAAAGGCAAUCAUCUGAAUGAUCCUUUGUAUUGACCAUCCAAUUUACAUUCAGAUGAUUUCAUAUCAGAGCAAAGAACAAAAACUAAAGACAUUUUAUCAUUGUUGCUAUGCAAAGGAAGUAAUUAAUUUAUCAAUAAUGUAUAUUCGUAAAGGAGCCUGGGGCACAAUUACAUAGAAAUCAGGGCUCGUUUUGCUAAACUCUGAAUUAAAUCAAUGUAAAUAUGUCUCCCUUUUAGGUUGUUAAAGCACUAGGCCUAUGCAGAUGGCUUGAGAAAAAUGUGCUUAUAUUUAAUACUGAACAAUACGUAACAAGUGUGUGGUUCCACUCAGAGACGUCUUCGCUGGUCUUGAAUAAUUUGGCUGUUCAAGGAUUAGCCAGUUGUAUAGCUCAUGGGGAGGGGUGCGGCAUUCCACUGCUGCACCUUGGUGUGUGUGUGUGAAGAAAGAGUGAGGGGGGCCUCGAAGCUAAUUGGCAGGGAGAGUGACAAAGGUGGUCUGCUUCAUAAAAGAAGCCCCAGAGAGACGUUCACACUGCAGAAGGAGGUGGGAGUGGGCAAAGAAAGCUGUGUCAGAGGGCUUUCACUAUUUCUUCUUGAAUGAAGAAUUUGGUUUAAAGUUAUUUGAAGGUUUAACUAGAAAAACGUGGAAUAAGUUAAACGGAUGACCAAGUGUAAGGAUGAGUGAAGAAAAAGUUGACUACAACUCCUAUCUUCCACUAUGGGAGACAGAUUUCAGACUCAAUGAUUUGAAUGUAGUGGCAAUGCUCCACAACUUCUGGGAGCAAAAGCAGAUUAGUCCCACCAAGAGUUCGUACACUGAAUCAGAGGGUUUAUCUGGAGAGAAUGGCAGCAGAAGCGAGCGCUUGCUGUUGUACGAGUCUGCGCCAGGGUCCUCCUGUGUCUGCUAUGUUACACUGCCUGGAGGAAGUUGCUUCGGUAACUACAAGGUGUGCAACACUCAGGCAGAGGCCCGGAGGGAUGCAGCUCGCGUUGCCUUAAUGAACUCACUGGUGAAUGAGCUGCCAUGUCGACAAAUCACCUCACAGUUCAUUACUGAAAGUUUGCAACAGGCAGCAUCUGACAGCACUAUAUCUAUUGAGGAUGCCAGAAAUUCAGACACCAGCCUAGGAACCUACAGUUUGUUGCUUCACUCGUACACUGGGAAGACUAUGCUGCAGUUCCAGGAAAUGAUGACAAUUUUCCAAUUAUUGCAUUGGAAUGGAACUCUCAAAGCACUGAGGGAAAGAAAGUUUUCUCGGCAGAGUGUGAUUUCAUAUUAUUCUCAAAGAGGCCUUGAUGAGUACAUGCGCAGUAGCAUGGCUCUGGACUGGCUCAGUCGAGAACAGAGAUCACCUGGACGGAUUGGAAACGAAUUACAUUUAGCGCAAAAAGAACUGGUUUUAGCUCGACGGAAGGGGCAGGAACUCCGCUUUUACAAAGAAAAAACAGAAAUACUAAGCUUGGCUCUAAGCCAAGCAUAUGUACAUCCUACACUCAGAGCUGAUGAAGCACCAAGUCAUAAAUACAAACAAGAAUACCUUCCUUUAUACAGGCUCUGCAGGCAGGACUCAGAAGACAAUUUAACUCUACCCUGCGACCCAACAUCAACUCUCCAUAAGAAUACAAAGCAAACAUCAGCAAGCCCUUGUCUGGACAGCUCUUUAAUAUAAUUGCACUCAAUUAAAAUAUAUUGUAUAUGUGUUACAGAACAAAUUUAAGAAUAACCAGUGGAACAGUAAAAGUUUGUUUUUUUUACCCCUCUUAUCUAAAAAUAAAAAUCCACUCAGUGUUGUCAUACAAAUUCUAUAUAGACCACUGUAAGCUAUAUUGCUCUAUGGAUAUGGCAUUGUUAUUCAUCCCAAAAUAUAUAUCAUGAAAUGGUUUCAAUAUAAAAUAGUUUGAUCAUGAA